AUGGCGAGCAUCAUCAAGGUCGUGGCCGUCUUUGGCAUCCUUGUUUUUCUGCAGGUGUGGUGCGCCGCGGGGCAGAUCUACACCUUCUCGGCGGUGAUGUCGGUGAACGGCUUCGACAAAGGGGAGGAGGGCGGGCCGGCGAGCUGCGACGGCCAGUAUCACAGCGACGACCAGUUCCUGGUGUCGCUGGGUUCGAUGUGGUACGGCCCCGGCAACCGCUGCGGCAAGACGAUCCGCAUCAAGAGCGCGGACGGGCUUUACGUGGUGGCCAUGGUCGUGGACGAGUGCGGCCGUGAGAGCGGCUGCAGCGAGAACGAGAUCAGCACGUCGGCCGCCGUGUGGAAGGCCUUCGGGCUUGACACCAGUGUUGGCCAGGUUUUCGUUAGUUGGUCGGAUACCAACUGA